AAGGGUUGCAACCCCGCAACUUCCAACCUCCAAACUUCCAUCAACUUCCAGCCGUCUACUCUGUACCAAAUUCCAAAAAUUGAGAUAGAAUUGACAAUGGUUCCCGCACUGGACAGUAUGUGGGAAAAGUAUUGCCUACGACUCACUGGGUCCACUCCAACCUUCAUUCCAGUUUUUCUCUACGGCACAGCUUGGAAGAAAGAUCGGACAACUGAUCUCGUCUACAAUGCGAUUAAGAACGGCUUCCGCGGUGUGGACACGGCAGCACAACCUCGCCAUUAUAAAGAGCCCCAGGUGGGCGAUGGAAUCCGUAGAGCUAUUACUGGCGGGAUCACACGCCGAGAGGAUUUAUAUUUGCAAACAAAAUUUAGCCCCAUCUCGGCCCAGGACCUGGAUGAUAUGCCAUAUGAUCCUAAUACGUCAGUGACAGAGCAAGUCCAUGCUUCAAUCAGAUCAUCUUUGCACAACCUCCGUCCAUUAGAUGACCCUGGCAGCGUGGAUGGUGCAUAUAUUGAUACUGUCGUCAUCCACUCACCCCUUCCAACAAUUGAGCUCACUUUGGAGGCAUGGCGCGCACUAGAGAUCUAUGUGCCGCAUCAAAUCCGAAACUUGGGGAUUUCUAACUGUGAUUUGUCCGUGCUUCGUGAGCUAUGUACCUCCCCACAAGUGACUGUCCAGCCCGCCGUGGUGCAGAAUCGAUUCUACGUCGAUACCUUGUUUGAUACCGAUGUGCGGGCCUUUUGUCGUCAGAAUCAGAUAAUUUACCAGAGCUUCUGGACUUUGACAGCCAAUCCCGAGCUGGUUCGAAGUACACCCGUGCAGCAGCUCGCUGAUUCAGUUGGCAUCAGCCCUGCAUCGGCUUUUUACGCGCUUGUUAUAGGACUAGGAGGGAUCACGGUGUUAAACGGAACUAAGAAUGAAGUCCAUAUGGUGGAGGAUCUGGCCACGCCGUUGAAAGUGGAGGCGUUUACACGAGAGCACUCAGAGCAAUGGCAGGCACUGCUAGCAGAAUUCCAAGAAUCAAUUAGGGAGACUGAGCCAAGUAGCUAG